GUGGACGUAGAAGAAGGAGUGAUAUGAAGAGAGAUGGGGAACGAGCCGCUGUGCAGAGCUUAAACCGUAAAUAAAACAUAUUCACGCUUUAUUUUAUAAUGGUGAUUUUGUAACCUUCAGUGUUUGCUGUGAAUGUCGGGGAAUUGCAGGAAGUGAGGCGAUAUCUUGGAUGCUAGUUUUGGCUAGCUAGCUGUUUUGGUUUGCUGAAAGAAAAGGAAGGAAGGAAAGAAAGAAAGAAAGAAAGAAAGAAAGAAGGGUGACCAUCUGUUUUUAAAGUGGAAAAAAAUGCCUCGGGACAGCGGUAAGCCUUCACUCAUCCAGAAAAUCGCCACCCAGGCGCAGGUGACGUUUAAAAACUGCGACGACGGAAAGGAUUUGUUGGCGAACCUGGCGGACCUGCGCGCGCUGCUGAGCGACAUCCGGGCGGCGGACCUGAACAUCGCGCCGCCCAAGAAGGAGAAGAAGGGCUCGGGCUCGGGGCGCCGCAGAGCUCCGGUCACCUACAUGCACAUCUGCGAGAGCCGCGCGUUCAGCAUGGGCGUGUUCGCGCUGCGCACUGGAGUCUCCAUCCCUCUGCAUGACCACCCGGGAAUGAACGGCAUGCUCAAGGUGCUCUACGGCAAGGUCCGAAUCCGCUGCUUCGACAAGAUAGACGGGCGUCCUGAGCCGGACCCUGAGUCCGGUGUGAUGCCCGGAGCCGGAAGUGACGCGGUGCGGGAGGACGCGGUGUCCCUGGCGGCUCUGCGCUCCAGCGGGGAGUUCACCCAGCAGAGCGCACCGUGUGUUCUGAGCCCCUGCAGGGACAACCUGCACCAGAUCGACGCUCUGGACGGACCCGCCGCCUUCCUGGACAUCCUGGCACCGCCCUAUGACCCGGAUGACGGCAGGGACUGCCAUUAUUACCAGGUGUUACGCACAGCCAACAAGAACGGGGACGAUACCAAGGGUGAAGAAACCGUCUGGCUUUUAGAGAUCCCCCAACCUGAGGAGUUCUGGUGUGGGAGCGAGACUUACCCCGGUCCGAAAGUUACCCUGUAGUGUCGGAACGCCUUAUAGAACUGUCUGGGAUGAGACACGAUGGCUAAUUUGCCAAAGUUACGCGGCGUAUAGUAAAUUAAAGGAGAACCGAAGGCAAUUUUUUUAAUGAUCAAAAUUCUAUUUAUCUCAUGCACUUUUGAUCGCUGUUUUGUCACUGUUAUAGCAAGUUUAAAAUAUGCUACAUAAUAUAUGGGUUAGCACGGUCACCUCACAGCAAGAAGGUUCUGGGUUCGAGCUCCGUGGCCGGCGAGGGCCUUUCUGUGUGGAGUUUGCAUGUUCUCCCCAGGUCUGCGUGGGUUUCCCGUGGGUGCUCCGUUUUUCCUCCACAGUCCAAAGACAUGCAGUUAGGUUAACGUGGGGCGGCCUUGGGCUGAGGUGCCCUUGAGCAAGGUACCUGACCCCUGACUGCUCCCCGGGUGCUCUGGUGUGGCUGCCCACUGCUCUGGGUGUGUGUGCGUGUGUUCACUGCUUCAGACGGGUUAAAUGCAGAGGAUGAGUUUCGCUGUGCUUGAAGUGUGCAUGUGACAAAGGUUUCGUCUUCUUUAUAUCAGUCCAUAUGUCGAAGCAGGGCAGUGUAGUGGUUAGCACUGUCGCCUCACAGCAAGAAGGUUCCAGGUUCGAGCCCAGCGGCCGGCGAGGUGGAGUUUGCAUGUUUGUUCUCCCCGUGUCUGCGUGGGUUUCAUCCGCAAAGGCAUGCAGGUUAGGCUAAUUGGUGGCUCUAAAUUGACUGUAGGUGUGAAUGUGAGUAUUGUCUCUGUGUGUCAGCCCUGCAAUGACCUGGCGACUUGUCCAGGGUGUACCCCGCGUCUCGCCCAUAGUCAGCUGGGAUACGAUCCAGCUUGUCUGCGACCCUGUAGAACAAGAUAAGCAGCUACAGAUAAUAGAUGGAUGUCGGAGCAAUGGCCGUAAACGAGAUUCGUUGAGACCUGUGCGAGACAUCGUGGGACGGAAGUAAAACGUACAGCAGAAAUCAAAGUGACCAACGUCGUCAAAAGACGCACGCGCCCUCUUUCGAAUGCUGAUCUAAUCAAGCCGGAAGUUUUGUUUGUUUUGAUAGCAAUCAGGAAAGUUUGAAAAAAGUACGCAGUAAUCAUCAUUUAAACUCGUUUUUGUGGAAUAUUUCGUUUGGUUUUCAAAACGGCGGCACUGACACCUGGCUGACACUUCACGCUUCGAAGUCUCGCACAAGAUCGCGCGGAUAAGCGACGCCUGCCGUGGACCAAACGAACUAAAUUCAACACGGCUAAAAACCGAAUAGGCCGAUAAGUGUAAUAUUUAAUUGCAAUUAGUUGCCGAUACGAGUCACGAUAUAAGGUUACUAAAACCGAAAACGUAAUUGAAUAACACGUUAAUUAAGAAAUAAAGCAAGUUUAAAAAUGACUUCAGUUCUGCUUUAAGACCUAUGAUUUGGAUAGAAAUAAUGCAAAUAAUAAUCAGUUAUAUUGGAUCCCUAGUGCACAAAAUGCACUUUCAGUUAAAAAAAAGUACCUUUUCUGUACCUUUCCUUCUCACUGAUGUGGUACACACACUUUGUACCAUUAGUAUGAAAGUUUUACCGAGACUGGUCCAUGUUGUGUAUGUGUCUUUAAAACCGUGCUCUCUUUUUUUUUUUAUAGUCUGUGGUCCGUGUGAAUCAUUUUUAAAGGUGUAAGUGAAAAAUACAAAACAGAAUAUAUCCGCUUGAGCUUAACACCUGAGUGAUAAAGAACAAUACAGGGGCGGGUUUCCCAAAAGCUUCUUAACACAAAGAGCAUCUUAACUAGGAGAGAGAGUGUUGCUUGUGCUACUCGCUCGACCAUGUAAUGAUGCUCUUUGUGCCACGAUACUUUUGGGGAAACUGUGCAGAUUAGUAGUACUUUUUUUUUUUUUUUUUUUUUUAAACAGUGUCUAGAGUUGGAUGAUGUGGCAAGUAUAUGUUUGAUGAAACGUAGCAACACACGUACAUCCUGUCCUAUCCAGGUAUUCCGUGUUGCUCUGGAUUGCUAACAAGUUGGAACAGACCCAACACAGUAAACAAUAUUUACAACACUAAACAAUUUAAUAAGGGACAGUAUCAUAAUUAUAAAACUGUAACGGCGCAUCUUAUCAAUUUGGUUAUAACUGUGACCGUGGACACUACCGGUUGUUGUUUACAGACUUGAUAAUCAGUUUAAAUCUCUCCUUUUUUCCUGAAAUACACGCGCACACACACACACACGGUCAUUGUUUUAAACUACAAUGAGACCUUGUUGGUUAAAGACUGGCCAGAAAGGUUGGAGAGUUCACCAAAUUUAUCGUUGUUUGUGGAACAGAAACACUCAUCUGGUGUUUCCAGAGUUCAAUCGGAGCACACACCAACACGUUUAACCUUUUGGAAUAGUAUUUAAAAGGUCAGACAUACAGUACUAUGGAUAACCACCAGCUUUACUCUCAGAAAUCAAGAUACUAAAGGGUACUGUGGUUCCAUCAAGGAUACAUCUUCGUACCUUUUAUGUACAGUAUCUUUUUCCUGGGAAUGUGCUUGUGGUGUGUCUUUAAUUAGCUUUUAGACUAAAAGUGGUCAUUAAUGUCAAAAUUAAUGUAUUGUAAAAUACGUUAAAGGUAUAAAGAUGGGCGAAAAUUUAAUUUCUGAGAUUGUUCCAGAACAGACAUGUAUUUCAAAGCCUAGUAUUUCUCAGUCUUGUUUCCCUACAAUGCUCAUUUUUAUUUUGUGUUAUUUUUCAUAUUUGAGUGUGUUAAUACAUAAGAUGAAUAUUUGAGUCAGGUAACGAUUAGAUCAGGAAAAAUCCUAAGCUCAGCAAACUAAAGGGACAAGAUUAAGUGCGUUUCGAAGCGCGUUUAGCUCUGAAAUAUCUAGUACAUUCCUGAUAAUAUUCCAAAGAUCUCAGUUAGACCUGUGAUUUGGUAACGUGUCAGGUCAGUAUUUCAUAUUAACAUUUUCUUAUGGGGGGGAUCAGUGGCCUUUAUAAAUGUAGUCUUGCCUUAAAAGCAUAUGCUUGUCUGCAUGCACACUACAUACAUAUGUAGCUUCUGUUAUUUACUUAUACUACAACUAUUUAUUUAAGUUUGCACAAUCAGUUAUGUGUAUUCUCAGUUACGGUUUAUAUCCUGACUUUAAAACACAGUUAAAUGUUUUUAUGUUUAUAAGACUCUGCAUUUUUAUCUGAUCUCGAAAUUCAGUGUUGUCAGUUCAGUGUUCAGUGCUGUCUCACGUGGAGGAAAAAAAACUAAUGGAUUAUUCACAAACUGUAGCCUAAUUAUAAUCAGAAAGGGGAAAUCCUUGAUUAUGCCAGGAUUUCAUUGUGCUUAGUUCUAGCCUCACUUGCAGUGAGUGCAGUAUGUAAAUGAGAUUUGCAUUUGUCAUGCCCGCUCUGGCAUUUUGUGAACACUCGUUGCAUAAUUGUAACAUUGCAUGGAGCAUUGCGUGUAAACUGACUUCUCCUGUUUAUUUUUGACUUUGUCAUUCUGAAUCGUUUAUGGGCUGUCAUGGUGUCUCUGGUGUGAUUAAUGCUGACUGCAUAUAUAUAUAUAUAUAUAUAUAUAUAUAUAUAUAUAUAUAUAUAUAUAUAUAUAUAAUGAUACAGAGUUUACUACAGAUUGCCUCCUCAAUAUUUACGGCAUGACUAAUCAGCUAUUUUUUUUUUUUAAUGAUUGAUCCUGAUUUUCUAAUAUCUCUGUUUUUAAAUCAUUUCUACAAUCUACACUGAAUGGAACGUCAUGCCGAGGCCAAAUAAUAUAUAUAUUGUGUGUGUGUGAGAGAGAGAAUAUAUAUAUAAUUUUUUUAAAAUAGCUAUAUAUUGUGUGUGUGUGUGUGUAUAUAUAUAUAUAUAUAUAUAUAUAUAUAUAUAUAUAUAUAUAUAUAUAUAAAAAAUUAAAUAGCUGAUUAGUCAUGGCGUAAAUAUUGAGGAGGCAGUCUGUAGUAAGCUCUAUCAUUGGGACUUAGUUCUUACAGCUGAGACUGACUGGCUUGUAUAUGAUUGAUCCUGAUUUUCUAAUAUCUCUGUUUUUAAACCAUUUCUCCAGUCUGCACUGAAUAGAACGUCAUGCUGAGGCCAAUUAGCGAUACCUUUAUAACCAGUAAUCUGUGUUUACUGUGUGUAUGUGUGUGUGUAUAUAUAUAUAUAUAUAUAUAUAUAUAUAUAUAUAUAUAUAUAUAUAUAUACACACACACACACACACACACUCGGUUUGGAAUUUAUCUAUUUGUUUGAGUUUAUGAUCUGGUUUUUUUCACAUGAGAAUUUUUUGUAAAAUAUAAAAAUAAAUGCUAUGAUGACUUUGUGUAUACAUGUGUGUGUGUGUGCGCCCACGCGCAUGUGAGUGAGAAAGGGGCAAAAAGGUUCCUGAUACAGCACAUACUGUACUGUACCUUCACCUUUUUAACACAUUUAUGCCCUGUUCACAGUUUGCACAUCUGUUUCUGUGAACUGAAUAAAACCUUUUAUGUUCUUUGAA